ACAUAGCAAAACAGGAACAGGACACCUGAUUUAUCUGGACUGGACUGGCAGCUUCACCACCAUAAUGAUCUGCAACAGCAGCUCUGGAUGUGGCUUACCGGAACGCCACAUGAUCAAAUAUGUGAUGAAUGUGACAGAACUCCCGGGAGCCUCAAACGCCCCUUUACCCAUCACCCUCAGGGCCGCCCUUUCUGUUGUAAUGGUGGUCAUCAUCAUUGUUGGUUUCCUCGGCAAUGCUGUCGUUUGCCUCAUAGUCUACCAGAAGCCGGCCAUGCGGUCCGCCAUAAAUCUGUUGCUGGCCACCCUGGCCUUUACAGAUAUCAUGCUGUCCCUUUUCUGCAUGCCUGUGACGGCUGUCACCGUGGUGUCCGAUGACUGGCGCUUUGGGUUGGACUUCUGCCGCAUCACAGUCAUGCUCUACUGGCUCUUCGUCCUGGAAGGAGUGGCUAUCCUCCUGAUAAUCAGCGUGGAUCGUUUCCUCAUCAUCGUACGGCGGCAGGACAAGCUGACGCCGAGUCGGGCCCGACUGUUGAUCGCCGGCUCCUGGCUGCUUUCCUUCUGCCUGGCCCUGCCCUCAGUGGGCAGCUGGCCAUCCCUGGGCCCCAAACCCCAGCGCUGCAUCCUGGGAUACAUCGAGUCUCUUCCGGACCGUGGGUACACGGUUCUGCUCGCAGCUACCGUGUUCUUUAUACCCGUAAGCGUCAUGCUGUUUUCGUACUUGCGCAUCCUCAAUGCUGUCCGUCGUAACGCCUUGCGCAUCCAUAACCACGCCUGCCCCGGACCUGACCAAGGGGGUAAAGCAGGUUUAGCGGUCCUGAGGCGGCCCCCGCAGCUCAGCGUGGACAUGAGCUUCAAGACACGUGCCUUUACCACCAUCCUCAUCCUUUUUGUGGGCUUCUCCGUCUGCUGGCUGCCACAUACGGUGCUCGGCCUGCUGGCUGCCUUCAGCCAGAGGUUCUACCUGAGUGCCGGGUUCUACCCAGCCAGCGUAGGGGCGCUGUGGCUCAGCUACCUAAAGGCCGUGUUCAACCCUGCUGUGUACUGCUGGAGGAUCCGCAAGUUCCGUGAAGCCUGCGAGGAGUUCGUGCCCAGGAGCUGCAGGCUGCCCAGGAUCCCAGGACGCAGCAGGCGCAGGGUCCGGCCCUGCAGCAUCUACGUCUGUGCAGAGAGCCAGUCAGCUAUGUGA